CUUGAAGAUGAAGGCGUCAUUGGCAAAUUGCAGGAGAUGUGUACUAUGCACAAACUCGAGGCUUCAGAACUUGUGUCUGAAUGGGUGGCUUUCACUCAUUCAUUCAAGAAAAACGUGAAACUAGAAUUUGAUGCAUUGGAGCAGUUUGAAAGGGAGAGAUUAUCUAAAAGGCAUCAGAAAACACCAAAGGCAAUUAAAAAAGAGGCGGCUCCAGUUAUUCAUACUAUUGACAGUCUUCCGAUGGAUGUAGAAGGAGCUGAAGAAUUAUUUAGCUCAUAUGGCGGAAAGACACCAAAAUCAAAGACUGCAGUAUCAAACAAGAGACAGCAUACACCAGAGAAUGUCCCUAUGAAAAGAUUUACUGGACCUAAUCGAAGCCCUGCAGUACCAUUCUCUCCAGCCAGCUUCUCCCCAGCUAGCACUACUCCUGCCAAGAAAUACAACUCUAGAACAAAUCGUGGUGAGGUUAUGGUUAGUGUUGGUAAAACUAACAACAUUAAGUGGCAGGGAUCAGGUCAUAGUGUUGUUAUAGAAGAUUACAAUACAGAACAGAGUAUCUCUAAAGAUAUGAAAUACAUGUUUCAGAAAUUAUCAGAGAAAAGGGAUGUUUUGAAUGACAUUAUAGAAGACAUGGCAGAACAUCUACAGAAAAUUCACAACAUUGAUGAGUUGGUUCACCUCGCCCUGCCAACUCAGGAGGAGGUCACUGUAGCCGGCAGGGUUUGUUGUGACAGUCAUGGUAAACUUAACCCGAAGUCUUUGGUAUUAGAAGGCUCUAUUGAUACAUCAUCUGGAAAAACUAUACCUGUAGAUUUAUCACAGCUGAAGGAGUAUGCACUAUUCCCCGGUCAAGUGGUUGCCAUGGCUGGUCAUAACAGUACUGGACAGAAAUUUGUGGCUAGUAAAUUAUUUGAGAGUGUAACUCUACCAUUACCCGAGAUUCCAGCUAACACGGACACCAAGAAUACAAGGUUAUCAGUAAUGGUAGCCGCUGGACCAUUCUCAACAUCAGACUGUUUGUCGUAUGAACCUUUUACAGAUCUUAUAGAACAAAUACGGCAAACUAGACCAGAUGUCUGUAUUCUAAUGGGUCCAUUUGUAGAUGGUAAAAAUGCAGAGAUAGAGAGUGGUAAAUUGAAAGUCACAUAUUAUGACAUUUUUAAACAAAAAUUAGAUGAAGUAGCCAUUGUGACAGAAAAUUUAAAUGUCCAGCUGGUUGUAUUGCCCUCACAAAGAGAUGUACAUCAUGAUCCAGUGUACCCCACCCCACCUUAUAACCUGAAAAAUUCUUACAAGGUAGCUGUAUUUCAUACCUUCACAGUUCCUGCUAAUAAAUCUCUGACUAUAAUGAUUCUUAUCGCCAUAAUUGAUUAA